UUCUCAAAGCCUGUAAUCUCAAAACUUACGCCUUUUCUUUCCCACAGAUAGCCUCAUCUCCGCACCACACACGAAGACAUCAACUUAGCCGAGGAUUGUGUUAAAGCGGUGAUGGGAGACAUACCCAACUCAGUUUAGCUGAGCAUCGCCUCAGCUAAUCAGGUGGGUCCGGUGAUAGGCAAGCUCAGCUCUACAUUAGACCGAGGCUCAUCUGCGUUUUGGUUCCUACCCCACCCAACGAUGCUAGAAAGCCAACGAGGCGGCAAGAAAAGGGGAUCCAAAUCCAAAUCGCAGGCAAUUGAUUCUUCCACUUUGGCCAUCGAUGAAGAUUGGGUCACUAAGUAUGCCCGCCAAGUUUCGAAACUGUUACUGGUUAUGAAGGUGGUUGGCAUUUAUGUCUGGAUUAUCGAUACCUGUUUCAAGAAUUCAACCAUUACUCUUUGCCAGGCGGUUUUUCCUAUUUCUAAUUCCACUUUAAUUUCCUUGGAUUCUCUAUCUUUCGAGACAAUAAUCUGUAUUGUAGACUCUUUGCCUGAUGCUGCCCUCUUUAUGAGUGUGAAUUUCUUGUAUUCAUUGAUAUAAUUGGCAACUUAUUUUUUUCUUAUUUGAUAUGAGCUGGAGAUAUAAGGCUGGUUUGUUCUUGAUAGCUGCUGUUGUUAUUAUAUCGGUCACCUCUGAGGAAGUCAGCCAGCUGUUACAUUUGUUUUCUGGUUUCUUAAUUGAAGCCGCGGAGCUAGGUAUAGAGAGUGCCAAUGACCUUUCACCACAAGUAGAGGGAAGGCCUUUGAUUCGCAGACGCAAAGAUGAUUUUAAUGUGUUGAAACAUGACAAAGCGCUUACAAGGAGGGAAAUUGCCACCUAUGGUUUUUAUAUUGCCCCAAUCUGGUUUGUAACAGAGGUAAUGCACAUUGCAGCUGCAACAGAAAUAAAUUCAAGAUUAAUACCAAAUUUGAGAAAUUUGCACACUAAUUUGCUCACUACACUACUUUCAAAGUCUACUGAAUUCAAAGAUAUUGUCAAAAUUGGUCGCACGCACAUUCAAGAUGCAACACCUUUGAUUCUCGGGCAAGAGUUUAGUGGCUAUACCACACAAUUGAUUGAAUGAUCAGUUAUGGAGGAGAAAGACUGAUAAUGCGAGCUGAUACUGGAGGAGAGAUACUGAUAAUAUGAGCAGAUGUUGGAGGAGCGCAUGCAAUAAAUAAUGCAAAACAUGAUGGCACAAAUGAUGCAGAGUGCGUAGUUCACAGACCUAACUCCAGUGGGACUCAUCAGAAUGAUGGUAGAGAGGCCGAUAGUGAUGAUGAGUAAUGAUAUUGUUGAUGACAAAUAGCUUAUUUUUUUGUUAUUAUGAUAUUUUAUUUUUCCAUAUAGUACACUUUUUUCAUAACCCUUUACUGUUAUAUCUAUAUAUAAUAUUGACUGAUAUUUGAUA